AUGGCUUCCGCUUUCUUUCCUCUCGCUCUUCUUACCUUCUUCUUGUCCAUGGCGCUUCUCUCUCACCAGCAACCUCCUCUCCUCUCGGCCGAGCGUGAAGCUCUUUUCCACGUCCUUUACUCUAUCAACUCUGAUAUUCCCUGGCGAUCCCUCUUCAACGAUGAUGAUCUGUGUGUGUCCGCUCCUCAUGGCGUUGUUUGUGGUUACCCCUCUGAAUCCAGUGAAACGGCACGCAUUGUGGAGCUGAGUUUCGGGUAUGUUUCCGACGAAGCUCCGAACCCUCCUUGUUCUGCCAACGCUACCCUCGACCCUCUUCUCUUCACAUCUUUCAAAUACCUCCGCAAGCUCUUCUUCUACCGAUGCUUCAAUGAGUCUCUGGUCACCGUACCAGACGUUUCGCCUAGUUUUGCUUCCACCCUGGAGGAGCUUGUGUUCAUCGAAAACCCAUCUCUGGUUGAGCCUUUCAGUGGUUUUCUCCGAAAUUGCACGAGUCUGAGGAGGCUGGUUUUGUCCGGAAAUGGGUUUUACGGGGAAGUUCCACAAGAAAUAAGCCAGUUAAUCAAUUUGGAAGAGAUCACUCUUUCAAGAAAUCACCUUGCUGGUGAGGUUCCUGGAAGUUUGGGUACGUUGAAGAAACUGAAGAUUCUUGACCUGAGUCAAAAUGGGUUUGAAGGGUACGUCCCUAAGUCUCUGGGUAAUCUCACGGAGCUUCUUAAGCUUGACCUGAGCUUCAAUAGGUUUAGCGGUGAAAUCCCAGAAAGCUUCGGAAAUUUGCAGGGUCUUGAGUUCUUGGACCUCCGCUACAACCAGUUGGGCAAUUUUGGAGUGCCUCAGUUCAUAGGACAGAUUUCCCAAUUGAGGGAGAUAUACUUAAGCGGGAAUUUACUAGGAGGGAAAAUUCCAGAAAUAUGGGAAAACCUUGGAGGUGUGACAAGAAUAGGAUUUUCUGAUAUGGGUUUAACUGGUAAUAUCCCUGCUUCCAUGGGUGUUUAUCUCAGAAAUCUGUCUUAUCUCGGUCUUGAUAACAACAAUCUACAAGGACCUGUACCAGAGGAGUUUGUGUUUCUGAAUGAUGCUGAUGAGAUCAACAUGGAGAACAACAAUCUGAGCGGUAGAGUGCCAUUUUCAACGAAAAUUUUUAGAAAACUUAAGUUAGGAGGAAACAGAGGACUCUGUGUGGACCACCAAUUGAGCAAGCAAGCUGAAAACAAGGGCUGUUUAGGGCAGCUAAAGCUCUGCAACAAGCCAGAUAUUCCUAAUGCUGUCCUUUUCAAUGGGAUCUCUUCCCUGCUUUUUGAUCUUCAAUUGUUGUUCAUGUCUCUGGUUAUUAUUUUUAUCUUUACUGUAAUAUAG